ACCGGAAGUCCGCAUGAGAGCGAAGAGGAAGCGAGGUAACUACCGCUCUAGCGAGGCGCUUCUGUCGAUAGGGCAUCUUCAAAUCUCAGAAGAAAACCUUAGAGACGCUUCCCCCACCAAGAAGGAUGCUCCGUAGAGAUGACCGGAAAUGCACUGUUGAUCAAAUACCAUAGAGACGCCUGGGAUUCGGUUCCUGUUGUGUGCCGCUCUAGCGGUUUCUGUCUGGGUGUGUGGAGAGAGACGGAAGUCUGCCAAGCCAUGCCUCUCUCCACUCAAGAGCAAAUAGCUGAAGAGCAAUACAUUUUGGUCGCCAGUCUUGACAAUGUCCGAAAUCUCUCUAAUAUCCUGAAAGCCAUUCAUUUUAAAGACCAUGCUACCUGUUUUGCGACUACAAAUGGACUCAAGGUGACUGUUGAAAAUUCCAAGUGUCUUCAAGCAAAUGCUUUUAUUCAGGCUGGAAUUUUUCAAAAAUUUGUGGUGCAGGAGGAAUCUGUGAUGUUCCGAAUCAAUCUGUCUGUUCUCUUAGAUUGCCUGACUAUCUUUGGUACAAGUUCCUUGCCAGGAACACAAACAGCCCUUCAGAUGUGCUACCGGGGGUACGGUUAUCCCUUGACACUCUUUCUGGAGGAAGGUGGUGUGGUGACCGUGUGUAAAAUCAACACUCAGGAGCCCGAAGAAAUACUCGACUUUGAUUUCUGCAGCACCAAUGUUGUGAAUAAAAUUAUCCUGAAAUCAGAAGGGCUGCGGGAGGCGUUCUCUGAACUCGAUUUGACCAGCGAGGUGCUACAGAUUAUAAUGUCUCCAGACAAGCCUUAUUUCAGAUUAUCCACUUUUGGGAAUGUAGGAAAUGCACAUCUUGACUACCCCAAAGACUCUGAUCUAAUUGAAGCGUUUAACUGCAGCCAGACCCAGACAAACAGAUACAAGAUCUCAUUGCUGAAGCCAUCUAUCAAAGCACUCGCUCUGUCGUGCAAAGUAUCUAUUCGGACAGAUAACAGAGGCUUUCUGUCGCUGCAGUACAUGAUCCGGAACGAAGACGGGCAGAUCUGCUUCGUGGAGUAUUACUGUUGCCCCGAUGAGGACAUAACGGACGCCCCUUCCCUUGAUAUUUUCAAUGAGCCAUCCGGAUGAAUGCUUUGCGAAUGAAAGUUUUUUGAAAAGAA